GGUUUGAAUAGGGAAGUUUGCAGAGCGCAGUUGUUCCAUCCAGUCCGAUGCAGUGUUUGCAAAUACCUUGAACACAUCGAGAGAGAAGCAGAAGGAAGGGGGGGACUGACGGACGGACUCUCUGCUGUCGCUGCCGCUCGACACUUGGUUUGCAUCGCAGAGGAUCGAUCCUGCUCCUUCCGCUGGCUCGUUUUUCUACCUGAGAAAAAUCUAAAGUGCAGCUACGUAGGUUUUUUUUCUCCACAAAAACAAGAAACAGAAAACAACCUCGGGAAAAAUGGAUGUUUUACCCAUGUGCAGCAUCUUUCAAGAACUUCAAAUAGUUCACGACACGGGCUAUUUCUCAGCCUUACCGUCACUGGAGGAGUACUGGCAGCAGACAUGCUUGGAGUUGGAGCGCUACCUACAGAGCGAGCCUUACGUCUCCACAUCCGACCUCAAGUUCGACAGCCAGGAGGACCUCUGGAGCAAGCUGAUCUUGGCCUGCGGGGAUAAAGCCAAGGCCGAGUGCGACCCAAAGCUCUCCGCAGCCCACGAGGAGGACAAUCAGGACAGCCAAAUCUUGGACACCAACAGUGUGAAUUCAGAUGCCAGCAGCGAGGCCUCAGACAGUUCUGAGGAGCUCUCGCCCACGCACAGCUUUACCUCCAACCCUCUGGGCUCUGUCUUGGUUGGCUCUGGACCUUUUAGCCCCUCCGUCAUUAGCACUCCGCCGUCCUCUCCGGAGGCCAACUCGGAGGCCGGUGGCGUGAUGAACGGCUGGGCGGCUACGCACACCGAGCUGCACUUGCCGGUCAAAAUCAGGAGCGGCGGUGUGGCAAAGAGUUCGGAAAAGACGGGACUCAUCUGCGGGGAAUCGUCUCCGGACGGCAGGAGGCGAGUACACAGGUGUCAAUUCAACGGGUGUCGCAAGGUUUACACAAAGAGCUCCCACCUAAAAGCACACCAGCGCACUCACACAGGUGAGAAACCGUACAGGUGUUCGUGGGAGGGCUGCGAGUGGCGUUUUGCACGAAGCGACGAGUUGACCAGACACUUCAGGAAGCACACCGGGGCAAAGCCAUUUAAAUGCAGUCACUGUGACAGAUGUUUCUCCAGGUCUGACCAUCUGGCUCUUCACAUGAAGAGGCACAUCUAAAGCAGGGCAAGCACCAACCAAGCAACGCAGCGAAGGGGAAACGUGUUUUUUUUUUUUUUUUUUUUUUUGAAAGAGGAGAGACAAAAAAAGAAAAGAAAAGAAAAACAAACGCCGUCUCCCGACCAGUCUCUUGGUUGAACUGUCCCACAGCAGAGUGGCGGGAGUGUGUUCCAGCCAAAGCAUGCCGUUUUGCACCAUACUGAAACCCAGUGCCUCCGGGACCUCUCUUUGGAGAAAGGCGCUCUGAAGGUUGUCUGUUGCAACAAGAGGACAAAAUCAUGGAUGGGGGAAGAACUGUUUUUGAUUGAGAAGGACUUACAACACACUUAAAAAUACAAAAAAAAAAAAAAACAACGUAAAGGGUGAAUGAUUUGUAUGUAUGGUGCAUGAUGUUUUGGGGACAUCUCCCGGACAGCAGAUACACUGGUACUUUACAAAAACUGUCUGAGGUAAGCAUGUGUGCACUGUGAAUGUCUGAGAUUGGCUGACUGGCCCCCUGGAAAGAAGAAGAAGAGAGGAUUUUUUUUGAGGAGCGAUGGAUUGGAUGGAUGGUGCGGGGCUGUGCCAAUGUUGCUGUGGACUGAGUGGGUUUGUGGGGGAAACAUUCCACUUGUGUUUCCCUGGUGGCAGUGUGAGGCCUGGGCAGGGAGGAGGGUCUGCCUGCCUACCUGCCUGUCUGUCUGUCUGGCACCCAGACUCAGGGGGGCUGCUUCUCUGAAGCUUUUCAGGCCUUGGGUUUGACCAGAGAAGGAGGCGUUGACCUUCUGGUCUGUGACCCAGAGACCAAACUCCCCCCUGGUCACUGUAUGACAGGAGCUUUUUUUUUUGGUGUUUUUGGUGCAGCUACUAAAUGUGCAAUGUGUUAUGUAGCCUGGUUUAUUAUUUUUUUACAAGCUACAAAGCUCAUUUGUAGUCCAAUUGUAUAAGCUGUGUGCUUAGAGGUAUAACACAACUAUACUAUAACUUCAGUAUCAUAGACAGGUGUUGCAUGGUUCUAGGGUUUGUUCAUUUCCUGUUUCCACUGUAAUCAGGACUGCAAAUAGUUUCAAUAAAAGUGCAGCUAAAAUGCGAACGGUUAAAUGUUACAAUAUUGUACAUAAAGCCUUGAUGAUUUCCUCUUUUUACUUUUACAACUUCAUCCAUCUCCUUCAUUCUGCUUUGUCAUCUGGCUGGAGAAUUCACCACUGCUUACUAAUUUUCUCAUUCAUUCUAUGCCUUGAGGACUAAUUCUUGAUUUGUUUUUGUACUUUCUUUCUAUCUAAUAAUGCACUGUUGACCUUAAUGGUGCCUUAUGCAAGUGACUCAGCCCUGCGGGAGCGAUGCUGUUUUGCUCCCUCAGGAUGUCACAUUUGUUGUCUGGGUGAUUUGACAAGCUUGAUCAAGGCUCAAUUACAAAUUAACUCGCACCUCCUUUGUGGGUAAUUUUUGGCUGUUAAUUGUGUAGUUUAAAUGUAAAUGUUCACAGAAGUCUCAGUCGAUUCCCUUAUUUUUUUUUUUUACUUUGUUUUUGAGUCACAGCACCCUUUUAGUUGAUGUAAAUCACCUUAAAUUAACAUGUAUAUAAGACAAAUGCUGUAUGUUUUGAGCACUUAAAUUCAUUUAUUAAAGACGUUAACUACUGUGUAGUAUGUACUCCAUCACACAGCGCUAAGGUACAAAAUGACCAGACUAGUUUCACAAAAAUGUUUCCACAGUGCUGCUCCUUUACCCCACCAUCCUAUGCCCCCCUCCUCCACCUCCCUCACUGUCCCUCCAUCCUUGCAAGUGGGACUGAAGAAAAAGCUAAAGAUUUAUUGUAAUUAACAGGCUGCAGUCGGACAGGCCUCGCCUUGUACUGCCUCUCAGUAAUGAAUUGCUAAAGGCUUUGUUGGCAUGGAAUCUGUCACAGACUGCUGACUGUGUAGGUUGGUUAUUGACCUGUCUGGGGAGCGUUGUUUUAGCCAAGCUGCAACAGUAUUAUGAAAACCACAGGAGCGAGUGAGGGGGCUCUCAGGAAGAGAUACAGAUCAAGCAUUGACGGUGCACACAUGGCAUAAUGGCUUCAACAAGAAAAAAAAAAAAGGAAGUAUCUCCUGUUAUUGGAGGUGGGAGAUGGAUGCACAACAGAAGGCGGAGCCUGAAAUAAUGCUAGGGAUUCUGCUGAUUACAGCUUCACUGAUCUGUGCCACCCACUCCAGAUCAGCGACCUCGCAGUAGGAAUUCGAUGUUGCAGCAAGUUGCGCCGUGGCAUGCUACGACAUAUGGAUUUCAGAUUAGCGGGCGCAGGAGACAGGAUGAGUACAAACUUGAAACUGCUUGCUGCAAUAGAUUUGGGAGUGCUGGCAAGGCCUUUUGUGGGCAAAGAGCAGGAACAUCCAUUCUGUGGAAACAGCAGCCGAUACAGUUGGAGUGAUAAUUGAGCCUUGAUUUAGCCUCAUGUUUUUGCUCGCAUCUUUUACACUCUUCCUUCAUCUCUUUCAUCCCACUACCACAACUGUUCUGUCACACACACAAACACACACACAGCUCUUUGUUCUCAACUGAAUCUUUGUAUAAAAAGAAAAAAAAAGACAACUUUUGUAAAAUUGUUAUGUUUAUGCUUUAUGAAAUUUUUAUUUGAAAUUGUUUUGCAAAAUUGUUAUAUUUCUGUAUGAAUGUAUUUUUUAUUGGAAUAAUAAGAAUUCUUAUCUGACUUUG